AUGAGUAUCCGUUCUGAGGACAACAUUAGCCUGUGCCAGAGGGCUCUGCAGAUAGUUACAGAGCUCUGCCUCGCCGGUCAUGUGGACCGCGAGAAAUGCGCUGACAUAUUCCCGUUGGAGAGCACCAUACCAGGUAAAGGAAGUGCAGACAUCUCUGUCAGUCUCCUUGCUGUUGUCGUGGGUUUCUGUGGUCUCGCCCUGUUGGUAGUUUCUCUCUUUGUCUUUUGGAAGCUGUGCUGGCCCAUCUGGAGGAGCAAGGCCCUGUCAUCCCAUGUGGAUAACUGUGCCCAGGGUGCCCUCCCUGAAGCGCCUCCGCACAUGGCAUCCCUGCCUCAGCCUCCCGCCGCCGCCGAGACCAAGGUGGUGCUGGCAGGCAGGCAGCCAUCGCCGCAGCCAUCGGUGCAGAAGCAGCAUGACGAGGACGAGUGGAAGCGGAAAGUUCCGGAAGUGAAGGUCAACGGCCGGAGCUCGGUGAAGCUGCUCGAGGCGGCCAUGAAGAUCAGUCAGACGUCGCCGGACAUCCCAGCGGAGGUGCAGCAGGCUCUGCACGAGCACCUGACCAAGCAGGCUAAGAUCCAGAGACAGACCACAGAGCCUACCUCCUCUUCCAGGCACAAUUCCUUCCGCCGUCAUCUACCACGACAAAUGAAUGUGACGAGUGUUGACUUUAGUAUGGACACUCUGCCCAUGCGGCAGUCCUCAACCACAAGCAUUGGCCGGAUAAAGCCUGAGCUUUACAAGCAGAAGUCUGUGGACUCGGAAGAGGGCAACACGGUGCCAGUGGAGACCUGCGGCAAGUUGAGCUUUGCCCUGCGCUACGACUACGAAGAACAGGCCUUGGAGGUGCGCAUCCUUAAAGCCUUGGAGUUACCAGCAAAGGACUUCACGGGAACCUCGGACCCAUACGUGAAGAUCUACCUGCUGCCCGAGCGCAAGAAGAAGUUUCAGACCCGCGUCCACCGCAAGAAUCUGAACCCCGUGUUCGACGAGGCCUUCCGUUUCCCAGUCGAGUACGACCAGCUGUGCAACCGAAAGCUCCACUUUAGCGUGUAUGACUUUGACCGUUUCACCAGUCACGACAUGAUUGGGGAAGUGGUGGUGGACAACCUCUUUGAGCUGUCUGACCUCUCCAGGGAGGCAGUCGUCUGGAAGGACAUUCUUGCUGCCACUACAGAGAGCGUUGACCUGGGAGAGAUUAUGUUCUCUCUCUGCUACCUACCCACAGCUGGCAGAGUCACCCUUACCGUCAUCAAGUGCCGGAACCUGAAAGCCAUGGACAUUACUGGCUCCUCGGACCCUUAUGUGAAAGUGUCCCUCAUAUGUGAUGGCCGAAGGCUAAAGAAGAGGAAGACCACAACCAAGAAGAGCACCCUCAAUCCAGUGUACAAUGAAGCCAUCAUCUUUGACAUCCCCCCAGAAAAUGUGGAGCAAGUCAGCUUGUCCAUCAUGGUGAUGGAUUAUGACCGAGUGGGCCACAACGAAGUGAUCGGCGUGUGCCGAACGGGGCCUGACGGAGAGGGUCUGGGCCGCGACCACUGGAACGAAAUGCUCGCUUACCCACGCAAGCCCAUCACACACUGGCAUGCGCUGGGAGAGUGGCCAGGACGAGCGACGAGCUUUGAAAGUCAGGGCUCCUGCCCUUCUCCCAAGCCUCCUCUAACUCCAUAA